AUGUUCCGUGCGGAUCGAGGGCAGACCUGCCCCGAACGAUUUACGAGGAACUGGAGUAUCGCGUUCUUCUCCAAUAGACAUCGCCUGAUUUCAUUGCUUCUUCUCCAUUAGCCAUCUCUCUCUCUCUCUCUCUCUCUCUCACCCUCUCCGUCGCUCUCUAUGGAAAAGAAACUCGUGCAGUACUUGGUGGUGGACGCAUUCACCGACACGGCCUUCAAGGGGAACCCGGCGGCGGUGUGUAUCUUGGAAGAAGAGAGGGACGAAGAGUGGCUGCAGGCGGUAGCCAGGGAGUUCAACUUCUCGGAGACCUGUUACCUGACCGGUGCCUCGAGCUCAGAACUCGCCGGCUCGGGCAAAGGGGGACCGAGCCCGAGGUUUCGGCUCAGGUGGUUCACUCCAGUUGAGGAGGUUGACCUCUGCGGUCAUGCGACGCUAGCUGCUGCGCACAUUCUCUUCACAUCUGGGAUGGUAGAUUCUAACACCAUUGAGUUUGUGACGUUAUCCGGAAUUCUGACUGCUAAAAGGGUUCCCGAAACGAAGUCAUCCGACAUUUUGAAGGUUCAAGAUGGUGAUGUGCCCGGGAUAUGGAUCGAAUUGGAUUUUCCUGUAGUCCCGAUUGCUGAAGAUGAUGCCGAGCGGAUUUCAUGUGUCACCAAAGUUCUCAAUGGCACUUCCAUUGUUGAAAUCAAGAAGGCGGAAAAGGACGAUCAUUUCAUUGUUUUCCCAUCAGGGAAAGAAGUUGAAGAAUUUCAGCCUAAGUUUGAUGAGAUACAGAGAUGUCCUGGGAGUGGUAUCAUCAUCACAGGAUCGGCUCAGCCAGACUCAGGGGAUAAACACAGUGCACAUUGUGCUUUGGCACCUUAUUGGAGUGAAAAGCUGGGGAAAAAAGAUCUCGUUGCCUUGCAGGCAUCGCCCAGAGGUGGAGUAGUGAAGGUGCACUUGGACGAGCAGAACCAGAGAGUGUCAUUGCGCGGGAAAGCUGUAACUGUAAUGAGGGGCUCUCUUCUUGUUUGAAUUUCUAGCGCUUCUUCUUGUUUCUGAACUUAAAGCAUGUGAAAAUCACUACGUGAGAAGGAAUUAAAAUAAAUGAGCUUAUGUUGUGGGUUCGAUGGUACCGAUUGGAAUAAUGUGAAAUACAUGAGAUAGCAUCCUUUCCUGUGU